CCCUUAUUUUCCCCACCAUAACAUUUCCUUAGUUAUCAAUUGCUACCGGCAGUUAUUCAUACUGUUUUUCAUCUCAUCUACCUAUUAUCCUCCUCGUUCGUUCACACUCCCUCUUGGCUUGUACUCGUCAUAUCAAUAACUUCCCCGCCCACACGCCGCUCGUGACCUCGUAACACCGCUGUUCCGUUACCUCCCCAUGGCUCAAGCAGAAAUCGAAGCCGCUACGGCUCUAAAGGUAGCGGGGAACAAAGCCUUUGCUAAACAUGACUGGCCGGAAGCGCUGGGAUUCUACACAAAAGCCAUCGAGAAAUAUGAUCGAGACCCUUCAUUUUGGUGCAAUAGAGCGCAGGCGAACAUCAAACUGGAAGCGUAUGGCUAUGCUAUCGCGGAUGCGACCAAGGCGAUCGAGUUGGAUCCCUCAUAUGUCAAGGCGUACUGGAGACGAGCCGUUGCGAAUACCGCCAUCCUCAAUUCCAGAGAAGCCCUGAAAGACUUUAAAACCGUUGUCAGAAAGGCCCCGAACGAUCGCGAUGCGAAACUUAAACUGGCGGAAUGUGAGAAGCUGGUGCGAAGGAUUGAGUUCGAGAAGGCCAUCGAGGUCGCGGAGCCGCCGUCUGCAUUUGAGGGGCUUGAUAUCGAGGCGAUAAAAGUGGAGGAGUCCUACGAUGGCGUGCACCUCGGAGAUGAAAUGACGCAAGAAUUCAUAGAUGAUAUGAUCGAGCGGUUUAAGAACGGGAAGAAGAUCCAUAAGAAAUACGCGUAUAAGAUCGUGAAGGCGGUGAAGGAUCUUGUCUAUGACGAGCCGACUAUGGUGGAAAUUGGUGUUGAAGAGGGAACAAAACUGACUGUCUGCGGAGAUACACAUGGUCAAUAUUUUGAUCUCCUGGAAAUCUUUAGACUCAACGGUUUCCCUUCGGAUACUCACGCAUACCUGUUCAACGGUGACUUUGUCGACAGAGGAUCUUGGUCAACGGAGAUCGCUCUUCUUCUUUUCGCAUACAAAUGGCUGCGGCCCAACAAAUUCUUCCUAAACCGUGGAAACCAUGAGACGGAUGAUAUGAAUCGCGUCUACGGAUUCGAGGGCGAAUGCAAGGCCAAAUACACCGAGCGCCUCUUCAAAGUCUUUUCCGAGUCAUUCUCCGCGCUUCCACUCGCCACGUUGAUCGGAGAAAAAUACCUGGUUCUCCAUGGAGGUCUCUUCUCAGAUGACGACAUUACUCUUGACGAUAUCAGAAAGCUCAACAGACAUAACCAGAGACAACCCGGCCAGUCUGGAUUGAUGAUGGAGAUGCUAUGGACCGAUCCGCAAACCGACCCAGGUCGCGGCCCAAGUAAACGAGGUGUGGGAUUGCAGUUUGGUCCCGACGUGACAAAACGGUUCUGUGACAAGAACGGCUUGAAGGCCGUCAUCAGAAGUCACGAAGUGAGAAUGGAGGGUUAUGAGGUUGAGCACGAUGGCCGGUGUAUUACAGUCUUCUCCGCACCUAAAUAUUGCGACAACACCGAGAACAAGGGCGCAUAUAUCAAUGUUGACCCAAAAUUGGAGCUCGAAUUUCACAAGUUUGAUGCUGUUCCUCAUCCUGAUAUUAAACCAAUGGCGUACGCUCAAAAUUCCAUCAUGUCGCUGAUGUGAGAGCUUAACGAUAAACACUAUAUCAAUCUAUUGUGUCUUAAGACAAACCAGAGCCCAUGUAUCACGAAUCUGGUGGAUAUAUGAUUUGAGAGCCCUAAUGAUCGUGUCUAGCGCGGAGUCGGUUGGCAUAGAGCAAUUAUGUAUCAAUUGGGAUUUGUUCCUUUUUUGAUAUAUCAGACUGUGGCUUUUGAUUGUUUUCAAGCGUUGCAUAU